AUGACAUCUCGACAUUUCUAUACAAAGCUGACACCUUGCCUCUCUUCAAUAAGCCCCCUAACAACCUCAAGAUCAUCCUUGUUCAAUGUUGUCUCGCAUCAAUUCCAGUUACCGUUAAUUGCAUCAAAUUUGGUCCAACAGAAAAGAGGCGGAACCGCUAAACCUAAAAUAACAAAAAAGCAGACUCCAUCAAAACCUAAAGGCGGUUUUAAAAGAAUACAAAAAGGGAAGAUGAAAGGUGGAACGGGUGAGGCUGAGGAAACUGUAUCUGGUUCAAUUGGAGAAAAGAACUCGGAAUUCUAUAAACCUCUUCCUGCUGUAUUAUUAAAGGACAUGUUACCCGACGUGUUUAUGGAUGAAAACAUCGGAAAAAUCUUUAAAUUUCCGGACGAAAUAAUACCAAAGUUGGGAACCUUCAAACUUCCACCGGUUCUGGAGAGAGAGCUUUCUUUAUUUCCCGUUCUGUCCUUGGCAGUGCGCAAGAAAUCGGUGGAAUUAAUUAAAAUGAUCGAGUCUACGUCAGAAACACCUUCUCUCAAAACUCGCGUUAUAUUAUCCGGAAAACUGGGCGCAGGGAAAAGUUCAUUAUUACUUCAGGCUGUAAACUACGCAUUGCUCAAAGAAUGGAUUGUGAUUUAUAUUUCGGAUGCCAUCAAAUAUGUAAAUAGUACGCAUCCAUACGUAAAAGACGAAGCUAAAAAUGAGUUUAUACAGCCCACGUUGGCAAGCGAAUUGUGUAAACAAAUUAAAUCGGUCAAUGGAGAGAUAUUGGAACGUAUACCGCUCAAGAAUGGAUGCAAGAUUGGUAAUGUCGUAUUAAAAGAACAUGACAAUGUUUCAAAUUUAUUGGACAUAGGAAUCAAUAACAUAUACGAAGCUCAAAAUGCGUUUGAAACAUUUAUGAAUGAAAUUGGAAAUAACUCAAUGCAUCCUGUGCUUUUGGCAGUAGACGCGAUCAACGCGUUUUACACGGUAUCCGAAUACACUGAUUUGGAUGAUACGUGUAUGGAACCAUUCAGAUUAUCUCUUCCUCGCGUGAUACUAGAGUAUUUCUCAGGAAAGCGUGAUCUUACUUUUGGUUCCACGGUUGGAGCCUUGUCACAUAUCAACAAACGUUACAUUAGCAAACCGCUCGAAUUUGCACUGGGAAUGAUCGAGGCGUCACCAUGGAAACAAUACUCACCUGGUAUUUUAGAAUAUACGAGAGGGUUGGUCAAUUUUGACGUUCCUGAAUAUACAAAGGAUGAAGCUAAAGGUGUGAUGGAUUAUUAUCACGAGACGAAAAUUAUCAAUAGGCCACACGAUCAGAUGUUUGAAAGAUAUUACACUUCGGCGAAUGGAAACCCGAAAAAAUUUUAUUUAUCUUGUUGCCGGGAAUUAUAA